AUGGAGAUCCCAUCGUCAACCCCAGGGGCCAACGAAGAACUGCCGGGCUUAGUAGUAUCGCUUUCUGAAGCACUGGUCUCUGGGCCAAAGUCUCACAAGCAAUACGCAGCAGACAGGCCCUCCCGAAGCGUCAAUGAGUUGCUAGCAAACCUGCGUCGUACCUCGAUCAGCCCCUCCUCCACCUCGCAGUCAGCCCUGCCUGUUGCUGCUCCCAGUGUACCCCCGGCCAUCAGAGAGAUACUCCAGAUCCCAGACACACCGGCCCCUGCUCCUCGCCGUCUUGCCCGUCAGAGAUUCGACGGCAAUGGCAGGAGACUCCCUGCUGGCCCUCCUCCCCCCAGGAGUUGGGUCGCCCGUAAUCCAUCGGAUGCUGCUCAUGAGGCCUCCUCCAUGAGCCAGUCGCGCUUGAAGUCAAGAGGAUUGGAAGAUACUUGUUUGCCGGGGACUUAUCUCCCGGACCGUGGGAGUCUGAUAGACAUCGUGCUGCAGAAACUCGCAUACGAGUGGGCUUUCCACAGAGUGUACAAUCAGUACCAUCUGUACUUUGUGCCCAACCAUUUGAAGGCAGCUCUGAUCCGCUAUGUUGGAAUCGCCAGUGAAGUUGGGCUGUCGUUAAGUGAUCUGAAGCUCAUUCUGCUACCGCCGCCAGAUACUUUUGAUGAGACCGAGUUGAAUAGUCUAACAGCUUCGAAUCCUGAAGUAAACUACCUCGAUCUUUCGGGCUCCGCGUGCCGGUCAAUUAAACUGAAAGAGAUCAGUGACUUGUUAUUCCCUGCCAGAGAAGAUCAACCCACGACUGAACUACAGGAAUCCUGGGACGCUUCCGACAGUAUUCCAAGCCCUCCCCGAACUUUGCUGCCCAACCUCACCCACCUUUCGCUCGCCUUGCAUCCCGGGCAUGCCUCAUUCGCAUCAUGGAAGCAGCUGCUUUCCCUGUCUCCUAAGCUUACCACGCUCACGCAUUUGAGUCUGGCCUACUGGCCCGAACCAUGCUUAACACCGAGGUCUCGCCUGGCCACCGUAUCGAGUCCGCAAGGUCGUUAUGCCUAUGGCGGGACGAACCUUUAUUCACAUUCGCUUGAUCACGAUUGGAGUGAGGCUUUACUGGUAUUGCGCAUGCUGAGUAAGAAUCUAUAUGCACUCGAGUUUCUUGACCUUACAGGUUGCUGCCCUUGGUUCCCUGCACUGAUGGCCGAAACUGGGCAUGAUUUUGUCAACUGGGCGGAUCAUUGGGGCAAGAUCACUGAGCUUCGGCUCUAUACAGGGUGGACUUCUGGUCCUGAUGCGAUGCCAUCUGAGAGAUUGCGUUAUCGAGAGGGAGUUCAAACGGCUAAGGAUGUCGAAAGGCACAUUAGAACUAUGAGAGCAGGCAAGGGAAGAUUCAUUGUCGUAGAACGCGACAGCUUAGAUGAUAUAUAG